GCACGUUCAUGAACAUAUACCAAAUUGUUGAAAUUUGUUGAAACAUUAUCUUCAAUCCAUCAGCUAAUGUUUUAACCUCCAUAUUUUGAAUUAAAAUGUUCGAGAACGUACCCUCUGAUGAAAAAUAUGGACAUGAUAAAGAAGAUAUUAUGGAAGAAUUAGAACAUAAGCCAUUAUUAGUAUCUAUACCUAAAAUAGAACCAUUAUUUCCUAAUAUAUCUAUCUCGAAUGAAGAUACGUCAAAUGUUGAUGAACUGGCAAUUCCAUUUGUUACCCCAUAUAAGGUAAAGGAUCCUAUUAUCUUACUUGAAAGAUGUGACAAGAUAUGGGAGACGUUAAAAAUAGUAAAAAAUAUACAAGAUAGAAAUAAGAGUAAUGUGUUUAAUUCAUUACCAUUAGAAGUAACAGCUGCAAAAUCUACAAAUGUAUUAAAUGAUAACAAGUAUAUUGAAUACCAACCAGUAUUAGGUAAUAACAGUGCUGGAUUACCAAAUUUUAAAUUGUCUGUAAAAAAUAAAAAAAAAUUAUAUCAAUGCGUUACAUGUGGAAAACAAUAUUCCUUAUAUCGAACAAUGAGAUAUCAUUCACAAAAAAUACAUGGUAUUUAUAUACCAACAAAAACUAUGAAAAAUGAUGAAAAAAAAAUGUUAGACAAGGAAAUGAUGAUCAAUGAAAAAAUUAAUUCUCUAUACGAUAAUAUACCCUUAUUAACUUGUACAUUAUGUAAACAAAGUAUAAGAGAUAUGAGAAAACAUUUAGUAGAUUAUCAUAAAAUUGAGUCACCUAACUUCAUGUUGAAAAAAUUAGAUGAAAAACUUACUGUUUCAGAAGGUAAUAAAUUGAAUGUUUUUAAUAAUGAAAAUAAAACUUUGAAUGAAAUUAGUCAAGAGAAACAAAGAAAUUCUUUGUAUUUUCAAAACGUACGCCGACGAAAAUCAAAUAUAUUAAGAAACAAGAAACGUAAGUGUGAAAUUUGUCUUGGCCUGUAUCAAGUAAGUAGUUUCUUUAGACAUAUUCGGGUUCACCGUACUCGUGGAGAAACAAAAGAAAAUUUUCAUUUAUCUACUAAAAAAUACGCUAAUUCCCCCUUACAUCGAAAGUCAAAAAAAAAUUUUAAAAUAGAUGAUAUAUUCUUUCCAAGUACAAAGUAUAAUGCUAAAUAUAAUUCAAAUCUAUCUAAGAAUAAUGAAGGGGAAGAACAGAUUAUGCAAAAUGAGAAUAAGGAUAAGAAGAUGUCAGAUGUAUUUGUUUGUUCUUGUGGAAGAUCAUUUCGUAAUCCUCAUACUUUGUUUACCCAUAAAAAAUAUUGUAUUUUAUCAAAGGAAUUAGAAUUGUUACAAACAGCAGAUAGUGUUGCACAAAGUGAUUCUGAUAGACAUUCUGGAACUGGACUUAGCAUAACAAUAAAGAAAAAGAACAAUUCUUAUGAAAUUAUUGAUAAAGACAAUGGAAAUACAUCUGAGAAUAAUACUCAAAUAGAAUUACAAGAUUAUCCACGUGAAAUUCUAGAGUUAUCCAAGUACAGUGAAAGACACAGCAUUUUGAAGCUUGAAUCUGUUAAUGAAGAUGUUGAUAUCGAUAUUGAAGAUGAUUCAGAAGCUAAUUUUUCUAAUAAUAAUAUUUCCAAUUCUGCAUGUGAAGUAGUAAAUAAUUUUAGUCAAGAAAGAGAAGAAUCAACAAUAAAGGUAGAACAAGAUGAUAAAUCUUAUCAAGAGAAUAGUAACUCUGAGCUUUUGCAAGAAACUGCUCUUUCUAAAAAUGAUAGCAAACAAUCUAAUGACAUUAAAGUUAAUUUUAAAACAAAAUACAAUGUUUGUUUAUGUGGUUAUCAAUUUUAUACUAAAAGAGCUCUUGAAAUUCAUAUUAGCAAACAUCAUGCAGGUUCAAAACUCCUAUGCGGGUACUGUAAAGCUAAUUUUCCUAAUGCUACCGAAUGGAAUAAGCAUUUAUGUUCUGUUACUCAGGGAAAAAAAUUUGUUCCUCUACCAUUGGAAAUAAAUUGUCGUUAUUGUAAUAUUACUUUAAAUGCAUAUAAAAAAUUUGAUGAUCACGUAAAACUUAAACAUUUUGAUCCUAUAUUACCAUUUCAUUGUUUUCAGUGCCAUAAACGAUUUUCAAAUACUACAGCACGAAAAAUGCAUGCUGAUACAGAUCACAAGAUAACUAUUUGUUCUAUUUGUAAUAACAAAUGUUUAAAUUUUAUGAAAUCCAAACAUAAAGCAUAUCAUUAUGGACUUGGAUUUCCUUGUCAUUUUUGUAAAAGAACUUAUACCUGCAAAAUACAUUUACUAAGACAUAACAAAGCAGUUCAUCACAACAUAUUAGAAUCUUCAAUUUAUGAUUUGAAUCAAUUGUCUUUCAUGAAUUCUACAAUUUCUGAUUUAGGCAAUAAUAGUUAA